UUUGAAGGUUGAUAACGGAAGUAGUUUGGUUCGUUUUGGUGGUUUGUAAACAAAGUGUGUGUACAUGAAACACACGAGUUGUUAGCCCGGAUCAUCAGCUUCACCAACAAACAGAUGGAUGAAAACGUAUCAGAAGAGAAUGCACAGACAUCACCAGCACUCAAGGAGGAAGAUGAGAUGGAGGUUACCAUGACAACGCAACUAGACAAUCCCAUUGUGGCCCCUGCAGAUGCAGACACGUCUAAGAAUACAGAAACUCCCCCAGAGGAAACCAGAGAGUCCACAGCAGCAACACUUUGUUUAGACCGAGCCUUUAAGACAGAAGAGUGUGACGAUGACGAGUCAGAGGACUCAGACAGUGACAGCUCCUCCUCCUCCUCUUCCUCUUCUUCCUCAUCCUCCUCCUCUCCCUCUGCCCCCAUUUUUGAGGAUGAUGAUGAUGACGAAGGCUUCAGCCAACCAGCCCCCAUCAAAACCAGAGAUGAAGUCCUGCUCGAGGAGCUGCCAGCAGUGGAGGAGGUUUGUGUGUCCUUACCGGAAGAAGCCGAACUGCAGCCUGUAGGAACAAUCUCCAGUAUUGUACAGCAACUUGUUAUAAUCCAGUCUCUGAAAGACACGCCCCCUCUGACUGAUGACAGCAUCAUCUUUGGCUCUGACAGGCAGGCUGUCGGUAAGGUGUUUGAGGUGUUUGGUCCAGUAUCCAGUCCGCUCUAUAUUUUACGUUUUAACUCUGCAGAGCAGAUAAGCAGCAAGGGGCUGACAGAGGGACUAACUGUUUACUACACACCAGAAAUCAAAGAGUACACUAGUUACAUCCUCACACAACAGCUCAGAGUUUCAAAGGGAUCUGAUGCAUCCUGGAAGAAUGACCACGAGCCACCAAAGGAGGCUUUAGAUUAUAGUGAUGAUGAGGAAGAACGGGACGCUAAGAGGAAAGUGAAAAACUCCAGAAAGAAGAGGGACAAUAACAAUCCAGGUAACCCCGCCCAUGUUACCGAGAACACCUUGCAGCAGCAGCAACGCAAUGUACCGGGUUUCCCACCAAGACAUGCAGGACCUCCACACAGACACCAGAACCUGAGCAGUAAACACACACUGUUCAGCCACACCCCCCCUCCACCAAGACACACCAAUGUCCCUCCCAUGUACCUCCCCCCUCCCUGUCCUUACCCUCCUCCACCUCCUCACCAUUUCCCCCCACCCAACUUCCCCCUGUACCCCCCUCCUCCCUCUUUCUUCAACCCAUCUUUCUCCUCUCCUCUGUGGCCACAGAGCUCCAUCCCCUUCUCUGACUUCCCUCCUCCGCCUCCCCCGCCCCCUCCUCCUCCUCCUCAGUAGCCUCCUCUAUACAUGUACAAACUAACCUUGUUGUAUCCUGUAUUAUUUUUUAUUAGAAUCAUUUUUAAUUGUCAAAUGUUUAGUCCCUCUGAUGAGCUACUGGAUGGGAAAUUAAUUGGUUUGUGUAAGAUGGACGUCAGUGGUUUGUGUAACAUUGUUGUGUAAAGCAGCUGCUGUGGUCACUUUGUUACACAGGACAUGUCUACACACACAGUGAAGACACACAACCACAAAGACAUGCUGAACAAACUCACUUAACAUGUUCUCUUCAGUUUACAUUAAAAUUAUUUAAAUUGUCUCAAAGUGAA